CUAUCUCAUUUUUCCAUCAUUGCCUCUCUCACCUUUCACAGUUCAACUCUCAUUCAUUUUCCUUUUCAAGCUUUCUUAUUCCUGACUUGGUUUUUCCUAGUAAUAAAAAAGGUAAGUCCUUUGACCCCCCCCCCCCAAGCUUUGCAUUUUCAUCACUAUUUUUCUUUGGAGAUGUUUUCUUUGGUUUUAGCUCUCUUGUGCUUUCAUGGUGUUGUAGUGACUUGUUUGAAUAAUGAAGGGUAUGCACUUUUAUCCUUUAAGAACUCCAUUUAUGAGGACCCUGAAGGGUCUUUAAGCAACUGGAACUCUUCUCAUGACAACCCUUGUUCAUGGAAUGGGAUUGCAUGCAAAGAACAAAGGGUUGUUUCCAUUAGCAUUCCAAACAAUAAACUCCGUGGAUUUCUUCCUUCUGCUUUAGGCUCUUUGUUUGAUCUUCGCCAUUUGAAUUUGAGGAACAAUAAGUUGUUUGGGGCUUUUCCUGUUGAGCUGCUUGAAGUUGAGGGAUUACAAAGUUUGGUUCUGUAUGGGAAUUCAAUGUCUGAGGCUUUGCCAAAUCAAAUAGGGAAGCUUAAAUACCUUCAAACAUUGGAUUUAUCUGAGAAUUUCUUUAAUGGUUCAUUGCCUUCAUCAAUUGUUCAAUGCAAGCGACUAAGGACCCUUGAUCUUAGCCAAAACUAUUUCACUGGUUCACUCCCAAAUGGGUUUGGAACUGGCUUGGUUUCUCUUGAAAAUCUCGAUCUUUCAUUCAAUAAGUUCAAUGGUUCAAUUCCUUGGGAUUUUGGGAAUCUUUCUAGUUUGCAAGGAACUGUUGAUUUGUCUCACAAUCUCUUCACUGGUUUAAUCCCAGGUAGCCUUGGUGAUCUUCCUGCGAAGGUUUAUAUUGAUCUCACCUAUAACAAUUUAAGUGGUCCAAUACCCCAAAAUGGUGCUCUAAAGAACAGAGGACCAACAGCAUUUGUUGGUAAUCCUGGUCUUUGUGGCCCUCCGUUGAAGAACCCUUGUUCUUUGGAUACUACUGGUGCGACUUCGCCUUCUUCACAUCCGCUUCUGCAGGAUAAUAACUCGACUGGGAAUUCAGCUGACAAUGAGAGAGGACUAAGUAAGGGAGCUGUUAUUGCUAUUAUAGUGAGUGAUAUAAUUGGAGUAUGCAUUCUUGGGAUGCUGUUAUCCUAUUGUUGUUCAAUCGUCUGCGUUUGUGAUAAUGAUAAAGAUGAUCAUGGUGAUGGGUUUGAGAAGGGAAGGAAUGGAAAGGGAUGUUCGUGCUUCCGGAAAGUUGAGUUGGAAACUUUAUCGGAAAAUCUAGAGCAGUAUGAUCUUGUGCUGUUGGAUACACAAUUGGCAUUUGAUUUGGAUGAACUACUUAAAGCUUCUGCUUUUGUACUGGGGAAGAGCGGAACUGGUAUCAUGUACAAAGUCGUGCUCCAUGAUGGGCUUAUUUUAGCUGUUAGAAGACUGGGAGAAGGUGGCUCUCAAAGGUUUAAGGAAUUCCGGACUGAAGUAGAAGCAAUUGGAAAGCUGAGGCAUCCGAACAUUGUUACUCUCAGAGCCUAUUAUUGGUCUGUCGAUGAAAAGCUCCUUGUAUAUGAUUAUGUACCUAAUGGAAGCCUUGCCAUUGCAUUGCAUGGGAAGGCUGGGAUGGUAUCUUUCACACCGUUAUCUUGGCCUGUACGACUAAAAAUCAUUAAGGGUAUAGCCAAAGGCUUGGUUUAUCUACAUGAAUUCAGCCCCAAAAAAUAUGUUCACGGAGAUUUGAAGCCGAGUAACAUAUUACUUGACCAGAAUAUGGAAUCACGGAUAUCUGAUUUCGGACUUGGACAACUAGCUGAUAUUGCUGGGAAUUCCCCAAUCAUGCAAUCUGACCGAAUGCCUUCAGAUGAACCCCAAGAGAGACUACAAAAGAGUGCUUCCUCGGAAGCUACUGCCAUUUAUUCCUCCACGAACUUGAGAUCUUUUUACCAGGCUCCCGAAGCCCUGAAAGUAGUAAAACAAUCACAGAAGUGGGAUGUCUACUCAUAUGGGGUAAUCUUGCUAGAAAUGCUCACAGGGAAAUACCCUGUUGUUUGUGUAGGUAACUCGGAAAUGGAUCUUGUUCAUUGGAUUCAGCUAUGCAUUGAAGAAAAAAAACAACUUUUGGAUGUUUUAGAUCCGUAUUUAGCACCGGAUGCGGAUGAAGAGGAGGAGAUAAUAGCAGUUCUAAAGAUCACAAUGGUUUGUGUCCAUAGCAGCCCUGAAAGAAGACCUACCAUGAGGCAUGUCUUUGAUGCUUUGGAAAGGUUGACAACAUCAACUGAUUAAGAAAUCAUUAAAACCAAGUUCCUUUCAUCAAACUGGGGAGGCAUGGUUUCGAAAUUAUGGUUAGUUCUGCUUCAACUGAAACUGUUAGCUCGUAUGUACAGCAAUAACGACGCAAUCAUGCUGGAGACAAAAUGUUCAUGUCUUUGUUUUUGUAGGAUUCCUUCUUAGGUAAUAUGUUAUUGCUAGGUAAGUUCUUUUUGCAUGAAAUGGCUGUUGGUGUAUGUGUGUGUAUAUAUAUGUGAAGUAUACGUGAUAGGUCAUAUUGGUAAAACCAAUCAUUUUAUUUGUUUUUUUUUUCCUACUAUGUUACGAAUAUUUUUCAUGUAUUUAGAGGACCUUAGAAUUAUAUAUCCAUAUCUGGGAAAUCUAUAUAAACAAGGUUGAAUUGUUAAAA